AAACCAUUACAUUAGAGAAUAAGCUGAAAUCUGCCAACAGUGAAUUUGUGAAAGAUAGGCAUAAGACCAAAAAUGGUGCUAUUGUUAGCAAUGAACAUGAUGCUGAUUGUCCAGAUCAUUCUGGUAGUGAUAAUAUCGUCAAAGCUGAGGAAGAUUUCCAUAUUAAUAGUUCCUCCAUGUCAAAUAUCAAGGGAGUACACAACGACAGUACCACAGCAAAAGCUGAUAAAGAUACUGUCUUAGUGGACUCAGUCCAAUUCUGGCAAGGAAAGGAAAAGCGCUGCAGAAAGACCCCAUCAGGUUCAUGUGGACGUGUCACUAUCAGAAUCUCCUUCAGACGUUCUAGAAUGAUGAACGGUAAAGAGUGCCACCUCUGGUGAUAACCAUGUGUAUGCACAAUAGAAGUUAGGAGCCCAAGGGCCAUGAACAGAUUCUAUUGUGGAAAGAGGGCUUCAAUUAUAGAGGUCUCUAUUUUUUGUUCCAUUUCCAAUGAUUUUUGUAUAUACUGUUUGGUUACAUUUGGACGUUUGCUCAGUAAAUUUUGAAGGUCUGAUGUGAUGCACUAAACAGGCCAAGCGAAAGAGAAUUGUGGAGUUAUCUCUUCGCUCGUUACCAACACAGAACCACAGAAAGUCACAUUGGGGUUUUUUUGUGUUAUUGAGGAGGAAGGCAUGGCUGGCAAAUGAUUUUGCUCAGGAGCGUUCUCUGGAAGACAGCUGCUGCUGCACAAUUGGGCCAUCAGGCAGCUUUUACUUGUAUGUCAAGAUUUGAAAAACUAAACAAACAAUUAGAGGAAAAGUUUUGUCUCACAAGAUAGCAAAGGCUGUCAUGCCAGUUUUGGCAUUCAGCCGAGCUUUCUUCUAGACAAUGAUCUUGACAGUGACUGCAUUUUGGGUUGUGUUAAAUCUAAAAUUGUUGAUGCAAAUGAAGAUAUCAGAGAGCAGAGAAGAAAUUUCAAUGUGCUGCCGCUGGAAACAACCACACUUUUGGAGGGACAAAAUCCUGUCAAACGUCCUGCACUUAAAGUGGAUGCAUAUGCUUUGAGAUUUAUAAAGGCUAAUAGGUCUCAUGGAAUUUCUUCUCAAGCAGAGGCACCAACAACUCCUGAAAAGAUUUUUGACUCAAGCACUGUUGAUAUGUCAUGGGAUGAGCAUCUUAAUGAAGAAAAUCUUUUCUACGAAGUUUCUCCUACUGCAGUGGAAACAUACAGAAAAGCUAUCGAAUCUCAUUUCCAUCAUUUUGAGAAUAAACUUUUUCAGAAAACUGGGAGUAGCAUUCAAGAGGAAAUUGAAACAUCUGUGUAUAAUACCACAGCAGAGUUUGGAUCACAAGAGAAUGCAUAUGAUGAGGAAGAAGGAGAAAAUAGCACUUAUUACUUGCCCAGUGUCUAUGAGGGCAACAAAUCAUCAAAAUCGGCACAGAAGAAGCAUAAAAUUUUGAAGUCUUAUACUCCUAGGUGUAGUGAUGCUGAUGCUAAUUUGCCUUAUGUACACUAUGCAACUGGAACUCAACCAUCCAUGAUGUUUGGAAAAAGACCUGCUAGUUUAAAUGUUGGGUCAAUACCAACAAAGCGCAUGCGUACAGCUACAAGGCAUAGAGUUGUAAGCCCUUUCACUAACAUUGGGACAGUACAAGCUCAAGCUAAGGCGGAUGCUUCAAGUGGUGAUACCAAUUCCUUUCAUGAUGACCAGAGUACUUUACAUGUCGGACCCCUGAUCCAAAAAGGGACUGAGGUGGAGUCAGUUGCAGAUUUUGAAAAACAGCUAUCUUAUGAUUCUGCAGAAACAUUUGUUAAAACGAAGAAGAAAAAGGCAAAGACUUUGGGUUCGAUGUAUGAUCAGGGGUGGCAGUUGGAUUAUGUUGUCCUAAAUGAACAGGUAACCUUUUUCAGUGAAAUUGCCUUAGUAGCCUUCAUCUUUCAACAUUAUGAAACAGAAUUUGAAUUUCUGGAUUGUUAAUUUUCAAUGGGAAUCUUUAUACUUCGUAGCUUAAACCUAAUGCUCUACUAUAGCGUGAUAGAGGGUUGUUGAACGAGAUAAAUUGAUGGAACAAAUGCGGAAAACCGGUAUAUUAUCGAAGCU